AUGGGGGCAACGCUGAGUGCGCUUCUCCUGGUUGUUACUGUAAAGGAGUACGUACACCGUACGGUCGAUCUUGUUGACGCGAAGUGCGACUUGCUUUACGUGCGGUACGAAUGCGCUGGUUCUACAGGAACUUGUUUUACUACAAUAUCACGAGCAUAUGUGCAGAAACACGAGGAGUUUCUGGUUCACUUCCCUUUUGUUUUGUCGGUGAAAGGAGGGCUUUCUAACGAGUUUAUGGAAACGGUUCAUGAUGGGAUUAUGUCGCCGAAUGGGCUGUCGCGUACAUUGGCUACUGUGGAGCGCCGCUGCCAAAGCCGUUCGGCGACUCUAAUGCUGACUAUAUAUCUCCGACCCCGCCAACUUGCUCUCAGUAUGCCUCCGACAAUGCCCACAGCAUUUUGGACGGAAUUUACAACGAUUUACAGUUCUCUGUGUGAAAAUCUCAUGAAGCACUUGAAGAUUCGAAGAGCGCUCCGCAUUGAUCACUCCGUGAAAUUUUGUAAGCGUCUUAAGAUUUGGACAGGCAGUGGGAAACGUGAUGGUAUGGCAAACUGUAAGAUGCUUCUUCUCGCUCAAAAUGAAAUUGGGCAGAUCGUUGGUCGUUGCCUUACACGCUCAGAGAACAAUGAUGAAACUGAGAAGCUACUAAAACAUGUGGAGCCCAUGCUUGCACCGUUUACUGACGAUGCUGAGCUUUUGGUAGUAAGUGAUGAUGUCACUGGAGUUCGCAAUCUGGUUAGCAGAGUGUUUGGUGAUCGUGUCUCGACCAAGCAAGACCCGUUCCAUGUAAUACAGCGCAUAACCGAGAAGGUUAAGUCAACUAAGUGA